UGAACGGCUACUUCCGGUCUGCUCGUCCUCGUUGCUAAGCUACUUUCACCGGGAGCACGUAUUAGCAUCAUGAGCGGAGCGGGGGACAAAAAGAGUUCGCCCUGCUCGUCGAACGUGACGGAUUGGAUCAAUUCGGCGUGUAGGUUUGCAACAGACAGAAAUGAUUUCAGAAGGAAUCUUCUGGUCAACCUGGGGUUGUUUGCAGCCGGUGUUUGGAUUGCAAGAAAUCUCUCCGAUUUUGACUUGAUGGCCCCUCAGCCUGUCACGUAACUCUGUCACAUCCUGGACGAUAUGGUCUUGGGACUAUAAAAGAAGAAUCAAAGGAUGUGAAGAAUUUUAUUUUUUUUUUUGUGAAUCUUCGUUUGAAACGUGUCCUCUCUUCAAU